AUGUGGAGACGACAUAAAUGCAAUCUGCUUACAUCAAGUCACUACCUGCUGCAACAGGUUGGCAGUAGAGAUCAGUGGUAAGUUUUGAAAUUUACUCGUUUACUUCUAACAACAGGAGACUUAUAUGCAUGUUUUGUGCAUGGAUCAACAUCAGGAAAACGUAAUUUUUUGAAUGGCAAAUAGAUAGCGGUCCUAAAAUACAUGCAGGUUAUAAAAUCAGGGCGUACCCAAUCGAUGAAAUCGAUGAUCGAUGGGAAUCGAUGGCAUUCGAUGACAAUCGAUGCCAAUUAAUCGAUUGAUAUUGAUAAUCGAUGAACAAUCGAUCGUCCAGGUGUGUGUGAUUAUCGAUUGUCAUCGAUUGGCAUCGAUUGUCAUCGAUUGCCGAUAUCAAUCGAUUAAUUGGCAUCGAUUGUCAUCGAUUAUCAAUAUCAAUCGAUUAAUUGGCAUCGAUUUUUUACCAAUUUUCAUCUAUUGGUUAUUAUUGUUGAUAGGUUUUAUUUUCAGUCAAGAUUUCCAAAGGCACAGUCUCUUGAUGCAUUUUAAUGACGAAAACAAUGACAUCGUGGAGGACAUUGGCAGAAGAUCGAGUUUUUUUUACAACUUGACAGAUAAUCAGCUUAACUCUGCUUAACUGAAUAAAGUUGUCUUUUCGCAUUUCCCGUCCUUUCCUCUGGUUUGUGCUCGAUGAAAGUUACAACAAUCUGAUUUUAUUAAAAAAAAACCAAUAAACUUGAACUUUGAACCCCAAACAACUAGCACAUAACGUGAAAACACUUACAGUUUACUUACAGAGGCGAUUUUUGUGUUGUCGUGGUUUCGGUUGCGAUUUUUGGUCAUUGUUGUCUCGGUCGCGCUGCAACUCAAAUUCUACCUGUUAUCACAAGGCGUUGUGACCUUACGACGAAAACGAAAUCAUCUUUUUUUGUAAGACGUGUUUACGCAUUUACCACGUUUCGUAGACAUUCUAGCUAGUGAUAAAAAUCAACUCGUUGCAGCACGAUCGCGAGAAAAUACGCAGUGGAAAUCGCGACAUAAAUUGCACCAAAAUCGCCUGUGUAAACGGGCCGUAUAAAUUUUGAACGGGGUGGCCAAAAGUGUCAACUGUUUGCAACUUUGAAGUCCAGUUUACAGGAAUUCACUUUCAAACUAUAACGAUAUUAAUAGUUUUAUAACGCAACCAUUGCGUAGUUAAAAUUGUCAAAUGGACCAAAUGUCGUACGAAAUAACUUCGUUUUGAUGUGAUACAUUGAAGUAAUCUUUUUGAUCAGAGAAAAUAUUAAACCCCAAUCGAUGACAAUCGAUGAUUCAUGAACACUUUUGUGUGAUUAUCGAUUGGUCAUCGAUUGGCCGAUACCAAUCGAUGCCAAUUAACUGACAUGCAUCGAUUGGCAUCGAUUGAUCGAUUGCUUUUCCGAUCAUCGAUUUUCAUCGAUUGGGUACGCCCUGUAAAAUUAAUGUUCAGGCUCUACAAACGGCUCUCCAUAUAUUAAUGCUAGAGGGAUAACACUGCUAGGCUAGAAUCUAUGGGCAAUUGCAUUGUACAAUAUUAACUGCAAUAUUCCAUUAAAUAAUUUUUGAUCAGGGGUGCAAGGAAUCUCUGUUGUCAAAGUACAAAAUAUUAAAAUCAACAAAUUAAUACUAAUUAUUUUUAAUUUAAGAACACUAUAAUUAUGAUAGUGUUGAAGUUUAUGUACACAAACAGAAAUAGAUUUGAUACAUCUUUUAUGAAGGUUACUGUUUUAUGCACUUAUUGAAACUAAUCUGUGCAACCAUCAAUCCCAAUUGUUCAGGAAGUACUGUUUCCCCAAAUUUUAAAGUGGAAAAAUCAAUUUCAAGCUUUUUGUAAGAGCCAUUCGGGGGCAGCCAGUGAGGAAUAACACGACAUGGUAUGAAUGGUAUACCUUCCUGAAUGGCCACCCAAAGACGAUGGUUUCCUUCAGUGAUAUAGGCUCUUCCAGUUGUAAGAUCACAUGAUAUUAAAAACCAUUUUUCAAAAUGAAACGUCUUACUUGUUCAAGAUGAUCGUGAUUAUUGCCAGCUUUUGGCAUGAGAGAUCUGUCAAAUUCCCUAUAUUCCCAAAGAUCUUGUGUUUUGACCAUUUGAAAUUCAUGCGAAUAAUCAAAUGCAUCAGAAAUGUAAGAUUUGGUCUGCAUUGCAUGUUUUUCACUUUCUGUGGGUUCAUCAAGUGUCACAAAGGACAUAUCUGUAUCAAUUAAUGGUCGAAAUGCUUUUGCAAAAUCAUCGUCACUACUGUCACUGUCAAUUUCUGUAGUCAUGCUUUUAAUCAACUCUUUAAAUGAUUUACACUUUGACUCUUUUUUGCCACCUUUAAUGUCUGAAGUUGUUUCUGUUCUUCCAACUUUUUGUUUUUUUUGGUGGGUGCCUCUCAGGUUUGUAACCUUGCUUAGUAGGUGUGGAAGAAUGCUUCGGACUACCUCAUAACCUUUUUUGUGACAUUUGCUUGCUAUCAUGCAGCUCCACUUUAUCACUAGAGGGUUAUAUAUAUCUCAUACCUUUAGGGUGGGGCUUUUGCUUAUUUUUGGUAAGUUUUCCUUGCUUUGCAAAUUCCUCCUCCUGUUUCUUCAGUGAGGUUAAAGUGUCAGUAAGUAGAGCAUAGAGAACAGAAUUUUCAACAAGCCAAUGAUUUUCAAUGGCAAUAUCCAUUAGUUUAGCAAGAUCAGAUGAUUUGGGUUGAAAAUUUUUUGGUGCUUUCACAUUUUUUGUUUCUCUUUUAGGUACAAACUGUAAUAUCGUUUUGCUUUUUUUUGGCUUUGAGCAACCACUUUGUGUAGAUUUUUUGCUCUGGCUAUGAGUUCAGCACGUGAAAGAGUACCGAGUUUAGUGUGUGAAUCAUAGGCUGUUUUGGAUUCAAAUGAUUCAGAUGAAAGAUUUGUUUUCCAACGAAAGCAAGAUCGUAAAAUAUCUUGACAUUUGUGGCAUCUGGUUUUUGAAUGGACAGGUAGUUUGUAGGUGCAAUUUAAGCUCCUAAUGCACUUGACAAUCUCUCCAUCUACAUUUGCUCCUUUUUCAUCCACAAAGUAUAAAUUUGUUUCCCUUUUCCUUUCAGCCAUAUGAACAAGGGCUGGAUCAUAUAUACCUGGACAAACCGGUAAGUUUUCAAUAGUUUUAAGCAUGACACCCAAAGCAGAGUUUAAUAUGUUUUCUUGAAAAAUAUUGUGUGGGAGUUCCCCAUGGUCAAUUUUGUUACCCAAGAAUUCUACUGUAAAUGGACUAAAAUCCUUUGAAGGAAAUGUUUUUAUUUCAGAAGGAAGAAAAAGGGUUAACUCCUUCCACUUCGUUAUUACACCACCUUUUCUGAUAUUUGGAAGAGAAAAAGUAACCUUCAUGGUAUUAUCUGUAGUGUGCGGAGUAAAUGACACUGUCCAUGGAAAAAUACAUGAAACAGUUUUUCAAACAAUUAUUGUUUGAAAAACUGUAUAAACUGGCAGAGGUGAUGACUGUACUUCACUGUCAUUUCCUGCAUCUACUGGUUCUUUUGGAGCAGUUUGUGUCAUUAUUUCAUUCAACACAUCUGUAAAAAUACCUGCUUUACAGUUUAAAGCAUCAGACACAGCAAAUUCUCUAUCCAAGACCAUUUUUUCUGAUAGCAUAAUGGCUUGUCCUUUAGUUGGAUUAAUAGUUGUUUCUUCAAAAAACUCAUGCUUGUUGCUGCCAUUAUCUGUCGUUUUUGUGGAAAUUGAACAACCUUGUUUUUGGUAGAACAUGUUUUAAGCUUCUUUGUACUCAUGCUCUAUUUUAAUGGAUUUUAAAUAGAAAGGCUGACAUGACAUGCAUAUGUAGUCUGGAAAAGUUCCAUCACAAGGAUCUACACUAUACAAGUCAUUAUGUAAAUCAGUCUUAUUGCCAGUUCUUUCAUCCAAAAAAUGAUCCACUGAAAACAUAUUUUUAAAAAUAUUUAUGUGGUGUUUCUUGCAGGGAACAUCACUACUCAGGCAAACCUUGUUGCCACAUUGUGAACAAGACACUAUACAUGGUGUAACUUUCAGGAUGCCCAGCUGGGCAUCGCUGCGUGAUCUAGUGGAGCUUUUCCCCUUAGGAGGCUUAUGCCCUCUUGCUGAUAAACUGCCGUAA